AUGGUAUCAACGGUAUUGCUGCUGGUGCACGGCCUGCUCCUGCUGCCAACUCUGGCCCCGUCUCAGCCUCUGGCGCUGGAGCUGGCAACACAGGCUCUUCCUCCACCUCGGGCGGCACAAAUGGCUUGCUCUUCUGGUUCUGCCAACAGCCCUGGUGGAACAUCAGGAACAAACCCUACCUCUCCUUUGGGUCCUGGCGCAGUGGUUGGCAAUGUUGCAGGUGCUGCUGGUACUCUUGGUGGCAGCAACGCUGGCUCAGACAGUACUGCUGUCAUCUCUGGCUCUGGCUCAGACAGUACUGCUGUCAUCUCUGGCUCUGGCUCAGACAGUACUGCUGUCAUCUCUGGCUCUGGCUCAGACAGUACUGCUGUCAUCUCUGGCUCUGGCUCUGGCUCUGGCUCUGGCUCUGGCUCUGGCUCUGGCUCUGGCUCUGGCUCUGGCUCUGGCUCUGACCAAGGAGCCGGCACAGUCGUCAGCAAUGCAGGUGGUGCUAAUGGAGUCAUUGUCAGCAAUGGUGCAGCAUCACUCAAGAAGGUCAGCGGUAUGGUUGCUCUUCCCCUUGCAGCCGUUCUCUUCUUCAUUUGA